UGCUGGCGAGUGCCGUCUUUUGUAUGUUGUUUGUUAACUCGUAUCUUCUACAGUACAAAGUACAUAUGUAAAAUGGCACCAAAUUAUUGUCAAAACAAAAUGGCGGCAGGGUCAACAAGUACAGAUUGCCAAGACUGAGUGGAAGUUCGGUGUUUCAAAGUUUCGACUGUAUUGACAAAACAUAUACAUAUCUGCAGAUAGAUUUAGUUGUUUUUUUAAUCUUGAAAUAAGGCAAAAUGUACGCGUCUAUAUUUCCAGAAUAGCGUCACCUUUACAGCAGUUACCCUGAAACUUAACAAUGACGUCAUUUCCGGAGUCGUCACAUCCAACUGACCAGACCACCCCCGCAGUCGUCACAGGUGGUAUAUUCCCUCCGUUAACCUUUCUUACUUCCCUGGAGCCUAAGGCCUGGGGUCCUACAGUUCACCUAGUCCUCGCCGCCAUUGGUUCUAUGUUCAACGCACUAGUCAUCUACAUCAUAGCGAAGAAGCCCAAAAUGAGGACCUAUCCAAACAUCUUCGUCUUGAACUUGGCAGUGGCUGACUUCGUCUUCUGCACGGUGGCAACUCCUCUGAUAUGGACAGUCGUUCUGCUUGAAGAGUUGGGCGGGUGGCUUCAACACGUUUUCUUUGUGAGCUAUGUUGCAUGUGCCAUCGUCAGCGUGCUAUGUCUCACAACACUGAGUAUAGAACGUUACCAGGCUAUUUCAGACCCGAUAGGACACAUGGACCGCAGCUCGAGGAAGCGCGCUUGGAUUAUAAACGCCGGUUUAUGGGUGUUGGCGAUUGCGUUAAGUAUUCUUGGAUAUGUGUUUAUAUUGUCAUCAGCUACAUUUAUACCGACGCUUGUCAGUUUCCUCAUAACUUUUGUUAUCCCUUUACUCGUUAUCUCUGUAUCAUACGGACUUUUGUUCAAAACCUUAAGGCAAAAUAGGGGUCUACCCGUUGGUUCUAGGAGUGACAUUAAGUCACGUAACCGUGUAACUAGGAUGGUGACUGCCGUUGUGGUAGCCUUUGUUGUAUCCUGGCUGCCUGAACACAUUCUAAACUUGUUGUACAUCUCAAGCACAAAAGCAGACAAUAAGGCAUUGCCCUACGGAACCUGGGCGUGCUUCAUGCUACAGAUCGUCAACUCUGUCUCCAACCCGUUUCUGUACGCUCUGCUCGGAGAGAGGUUUGGAUUCUACAUCCGGGACAUCGUGUGUGGGAAGGGUAAUACUAAGCGUGAACAACCAAUGGAAAAACGGGAAGAUGGAAAAAGAAAUGGACAGAUAGAGUCGACAAGGCUAUAG